GCGGCUUUUGCGGGGAAGAAGUUAUCUCAGGCUGGAACCCGACAACGUUUCACGUUAUACAAGUUCCUAACUUUCCGUUCCCACACAGCGGAUGGUGCCUGCCGGGAUAGUUACAUGGUAGAAAUCUCUCACCAUGGUAUUAGUUGAGCCGUUGCACAAUGACAACUACAUACACCCACUCCGAGUUAUGAGGAUAACCCGGGGCGAAAGGGAUUAAAGGGAACCAGGAGCAGCAGAAACGGUGGAGCUGAAUGGUAUCGGAUUUACGGAUAUUUAGACGUGGGAAUGCAGUAUGAUUCUCCAGGGAAGGAGAACCUGCUCCAGAAGCUCUUACUUUUUUACUUUUUGAAUGAAUGCAACUGAUUGAUUUACUUCCUCUUGGGGCUGAGGCGAGAAUCGCCGAUGCAUGUUUCCCAGAUCCAGCUUUCCGUGGAGGAUCUCCAGUUUGCGGAGGCAAAAUGUAUGCUGGGGACCGGAGACCCUGCUUAUGAUAUCUCCUAGACCCUCUUCUCGACUCUUUCGUUCUUGCCAUUGUCUAUCUGUCUGGGUGACUAUCGAAUUAUCACCACGAAACGGAAAAAGAAGAAAUAGAGAAGGAGAAUGGAGGUGAGAAACAAAAGAAAAAAGAAGAAGAAAAAAAGAGAUAGACAGAAGGCGGGAGGCCAGAAACCCAAGGAAGCAGAGGAGGGGGACUCUGAACCUUAUGAAGAGUCCACCAUAUCGAGCUACGCUACCCUGCGGCAACUCGAUAUCAACAUAUAAAGGCAGGAAGUUUUCGGCCAUCCUGUUCGUGAGUGAAGCUCGGCUCAGAAGUCCAUCUUGAAUAAAUUAAAAACCCCAAUUUUCAAACAAGUUGGCAGCUGAUCUCAAACAGGAAGAUGCACUUCUCCGUCCCCUCUCUCGGCCUCGGCCUCGCCCUCAGCCUCGCCAUGUGCGUUGUUGCUGACGGUGUCUCCCAUAAACGUGACGUGGAUGUCUCCAAUAAGCAUAAACAUGACCACGGCCAUAAACCUAGAGGGAAAGAUGGCGACGUGUACGACCUUUUGAAAAUCUUAAACACAGACCCACUGGGCUUCGGCCACCUCGGUGACGAUGGCGUUUACCGCAUGUACAACAGAAAUGGCACCGUCAUCGACUAUUUACUUCUUAGCAGCGAUGAAAUUGAGGAACUGAUCGAGAAAUCUCCCCUUAAGGAACAGGACAAGAAUCAUAUGAGGAACCUCUUGGGUGGCGUGAAUAGUACAAAUGUCGAUCUGCAACAGAUCUGGUUCCCUGCUUUCAAUCUUCGUCCACAUAAGUUGAAAUAUCCAGACUCCUUGCAGCGCCGGGGUCAACGUCCGCCCACGUCGCCUGUUCCAGGUGGGCUAAAAGAGCCGCCGCCGCGUCUUCGAUGUAUAGACAUUAUCUGUUUUGAGUCUGGACCUUGCUGGGAGGCUAGAUGCAUGCUUUGUAGUUUUUGGGAUGACUUGCCAAUGGGCAACUGUGUUUGAGCUUUUAACAAGGAUAAUAUGUAUAUAGCUGAGUAAAUGGCUACAGCUUACAGAACUGUAAUGGAGGGAUCCUGCAGCGCCAAGUCGCAUGAAAUAUUUAGUACGCACGACCUUCCUAUAUAGGCAUAGAUGACACGAUGCGGCGCUGCUGUGGCAUAGGCCUUGAAAAUAUUGUAUUCAUCUAAUUGAAAACCUCUUGUAUGCCGGGUAAUGGAUAUAAUAAUAAUCCAUCACUGUAAUAAGCAGCUGCAGCUGCCACUGCCGCUGCCGCCGCUUGUACAGUUAUUUUGAACUCCAAUAAUAAUAAAAAGUGAGGUCUUUGAUAUCAGCCGCCUGUUCCAUACACCCAUUUUGAUUUC